AUGGAAAUGUUGAGAUGUAGGGGUAGAUACCCAAUAGUUACUGUAUGUGUGGAUGGGGGUAAGAUUGGGACAGAUCUUGGUGUUUCUGAGGGCAAAGUCACUGAGGAGAGGGAGAGGGAGCCUGAAGGAGAUGAUGAUGGUGUGCGUGAUGGUGAUCUUGAUGAUUUCUUUGCGGGGGAGGGAGAUUCCGAGGAUGAAGGGGAGGGUGAUGGUGAUAGUUUACAUGACACAGUGGUAGAGUGUGAAAAGGGUUCAUAUGAUGAUGGUGAUUGGGGACCUCUAGAUAAUGCUACAUAUUCCGAGAUUGAUGAUCUUAUCAAUAUGGAAUAUUUUGAUGAUAGUAGUGAGGAAGAUUAUGUACCUAGUGAGAGUGAGUUGUCAGAUGUUAGCUUAGGAGACCUAGACUAUAUAUCUAAUGAAGAAAACAUUCAAAUGCGAAAGAAAUUAAAAAAAGUUGACAGUGUUUUUAAGUUGAUGAAUGAAAAAGAUGGAUUUGAGGCCGAUGUGGAACACACAUACCAUUCUGAUUAUGAAAAUGAUGAAAAGGAAUUUGUCUCUGAUGAAAUAGAUUCUGAGUUCGAAAAUAGGUUGAGGGUAAAGAGGGUUGUAUACGAUCCUAGUUGUGACCACAGCAAAAUGCAGCCAGUUAUUGGCAUGUAUUUCCAGGAUGGUCUUCAAUGUAGGGCUGCUUUGACAACAUGGGCCAUAGAAAACGGUAGAUAUGUCCGUUUUAAGGGAGUGUCUAAGAAGAAAUUGUUGGCCGAAUGUACUCUACCCUGCCCUUGGAAGCUUUAUGCUAGUUCUGUCCAGUCUAAUGGGACUUUUAUGAUUAGAUCUUGUGGUGGGGAUCAUACUUGUGCUAAAGCCAUGAGUAACAAACUGUUGAGUUCUCAGUGGAUAGCAACAAGAUACUUGAACGUCUACAGAGUUAGAUAUAAUCUAUCAGUAAAAGAUUUGAGUGCUGACAUACUUGAGAGGUUCAAAGUUAGAGUGCCUAAGGACAGACUAUACAAGGCCAGAAGAAUGGCUCAAGAGAUGGUGAGAGGUUCUGUUGACCAACACUAUGGAAUGAUAAAGAAUUAUGUUGCUGAGCUUAGAAGAGUGGAUCCUGAGGGGAAGUUUGAGCUUGUUUUACAAGCUGAUAACACUUUUAAAGCACUUUAUAUUGGUUUGAGUGCUUUGAGAAAGGGCUUCAAAGCGAGCUGCAGACCAGUGAUUGCAUGGGCUGUGGUGAACGCUGAAAAUGAAGCCUGCUGGACUUGGUUCUUGGAAAUUUUAUUUAAGGAAUUAGAGCUUGGUGAUGGAAGUGGAUGGACCUUCAUUAGUGACCAACAAAAGGGAUUACAAAAUGCGGUUUCUAGGUUGGCACCACAGGCCGAGCAUAGGAAUUGUGCUCGCCAUAUCUACAUGAAUUGGAAGAAGGUUCACAAGGGUCAAACCCUAAAAAACCUUUUCUUUCGAGCAGUUUAUGCUACAUUCGAAGCUGAUUUCAAAAUUGCGCUUCAAGAAAUGAAAGAGGAGUCACCUACAGCCUUCGAGGAUUUCAUGGCACGAGACACAACCAAAUUCUGCAAGGCCUUCAUCUCAACCUACCCCAAGAAUGAUAGUGUGGAUAACAACAUUAGUGAGUGCUUUAAUGGUUAUAUAUUAAAUGCUCGGGGUAAACAUGUUAUUCACAUGCUAGAAGAAAUUAGGUCUUCUUUGAUGGUUAGGCAGGUACAGAAAUUCAAAGCCAUGAGUCUUGUCAAGGGUAAGAUAACUCCGAACAUAAGCAAGUUGUUGGAGAAGAAUUUGAUGGCAAGUGCAUAUUGCAUUGCACUUCCUGCCAUGUAUGAUUCAUUCCAAGUACACUAUGAAGGUGACAUAUUUGUUGUUCAUGUAAAAAUGGGAAACAAUGGACAUAAUAAAUGUUCUUGUAGAGAGUGGGAUUUGACAGGGAUCCCUUGCAAGCAUAUUGUUUCUGCGAUCAAGUACAUGGACCGUGACCCUAUUGAUUAUGUGUCUGAAUAUUUUUCUGUCAACACUUAUUUGUCUGCUUAUGAGCAUGGUAUCAAACCAAUUCAUGGCAAAAAGAUGUGGCUACAAGUUCAAGGUGAUGUAUAUUUUGAUUUAUGA